UACCCGUCAUUGGCGUGAGGCAGACGAGGGGCACGCGGAGAGAGAGAGAGAGAGAAGAGAGUUAAAGCGGCCAUUUCUUCGUCGACUUCGUCGUCUCCUCGCCCCCGCGCAGACGUGCUCCGUCCUCGCCGUCCUCUCCGUCGUCGCGGCCGUCCAAAGGAGAAGGAUUCCACACGCAGUUGCUGUUUUUAUCCGAGAAGCACCGAUACUCUCUCAGAAGCACUCGAUCUCGAUCUCUCGCUUUGUUAAUCUUGGGUCUAGCUAGGUGGAUAAGGGAUUGCGCGGGGAAGGCAGCGGUCCAUUCCUGCGGUCGACUUGGUUCUUGAUUGGAUUAUCGUAAACAGAGAGGGGGGAGGGAGGGAGGGAUGGACGAGAAGGCAGCGAAGAUGGAGAAGCUCUCGUCGGCGGCUGCUUUCGUGGAGGGCGGUGUGCAGGACGCCUGCGACGACGCCUGCAGCAUCUGCCUCGAGGCCUUCUGCCACAGCGACCCCUCCACGGUUACAAACUGCAAGCAUGAUUUUCAUCUCCAGUGCAUCCUUGAGUGGUGCCAGAGAAGCUCCCAGUGUCCCAUGUGUUGGCAGGCAAUCAGCAUGAAGGACCCUCUGAGUCAAGAGCUCCUUGAGGCUGUUGAACAGGAGAAGAAGGUGCAAGCAGAUCCCUCACGCACGACGGCCGUUUUUCGCCAUCCAAUGCUCGGACAUUUUGAGGUACCAGUUGAUACAGAUGAUGCUGAGCUUGAAGAACGUCUCAUGCAACACCUGGCCGCUGCUGCCGUGACACGUAGGUCGCAUCGCCAUGGUAGAAGGGAAGGCAACCGCGGAAGAUCAGGACCACACGGUCGCACACAAAUUGUAGUAUUUUCAACAACUGAAACUACCUCUAGUGAAUCCAUUCCUUCAGAUUCACGACAAGUAGGGGACAGUGAGCAUUCUCCUGCUAUAAUCUCUGCACCUGUGGAUGCCACGGAAGAAGCAUCUGCCGGCAUACCGGUGCACAACAAUACUUCUUCUAACUGCCCUGUUGGAUCAAAUGAUAGAAUUUCUGGUGAUGAAGCAUCUCCCAUCAACCAAGAUGGAGCUGGACCAUCCGAUCCACAAUCUUUCUCAAACACACUCAAGACUCGCCUGCAAUCGGUUUCAAUCAAGUACAAGGACUCGAUAACGAAGAACACCCGUGGGUGGAAGGAACGGUGGCUCUCUCGGAGUGACACAAUAUCGAGUCUUGGUUCUGAUGUAAGGAGGGAGGUCAACGCCGGAAUCGCCGCUGUGUCCCGCAUGAUGGAGCGGCUAGAAACGAGGGACGGGAGUGGCUCUGGGCCCUCUUCGGCUUCUUCGCACAGUGUUCCUUCUGCUACAGAUAAUCAGGGGGGCACGUCAUCCAACUUUUGUGCUGCCGUAAAUGGCGCCUCGUCUUCGGCAACUUGUGCGUCGAGAUCUGGUUCGCAAUGAACCAUCUUCUACCAUGAAACAUUUACUUAUUUUUAGCUGCAAGUGGAUCCUGGCAUCUGGUUCUAUUUGAACAGUCACUUGUAACAUGUUUGAUUUGUGCAACCAAAGAUGCAGCUGUAAAGAACUGGUUGCAAGAAUGAUAUGAGCGCCAGGGUAGUGCAACACCAA